GCUUUUCUCCGCCUUCGCUCCCCGCGACAGGCUUUCCUGGGAGCUGGAGCCAUAAGAGGUCCGGGGCAUAACAAGAAAUACACAGCGUAGAGUUUGGGGAAUUAAACCACCCGCAAAAUGGGACAUUUCACAAAAAUCCUUUUAGCAAGUAUCUGCGUCGGUCUCGUAGCCGUCAGGUGGACUGCACCCACGUUUGAUGCAGAAUCUCUCAGUGGUGCCAGGGUACUGGUGACUGGGGCCAGUACUGGCAUUGGUGAACAAAUAGCAUAUCAUUAUGCUCGAUUUGGAGCCCGGAUAGUUAUCACAGCAAGGAGGGAAAAAGUAUUACAGCAGGUUGCAGAGAAGUGCAUGAGUCUGGGAGCCCAAGAAGCGCUUUACGUAGCAGCAGACAUGGGCAAUGAGCUCGAUCCUGACAAAGUGGUCGAUUUUGCACUGGAAAAGCUUGGAGGCUUGGAUUACAUGGUUCUCAACCACAUUGGCCCGAGCCCCUUCAGCAUGUGGAACGGAGAUGUGGAACACGUCAGGUGGCUGAUGAAGGUUAAUUUCUUCAGCUAUAUUCAGAUGGCUUGGAAAUCUUUGGAGUCCCUUGAGAGAAGUAAAGGAUCACUGGUGAUUGUUUCAUCACUUUUAGGUAAAAUGACAAGUCCCUUUGUGGCGCCAUAUACAUCGACAAAAUCAGCCUUGAACGGUUUCUUUGGGUCCCUUCACCAUGAGCUAUCGAUGAAGAAGAGCAAUGUGUCCAUCACUUUAUGUACCCUGGGGCUCAUUGAUACUGAAGCAGCUAUGGAGAAAGUCAGGGAAAUCACAUCCGUACCGGCGUACCCCGCCUCAGAGGCAGCCUUGAACAUCGUCACUGCAGGAGCUAUGAGACAGGCAGAGGUCUUCUACCCUUGGACCACCUAUGUUGUGACUAUAAGCAAAGACUGGUUCCCUUCUCUCACAGACUAUAUCAUCCAGAACACCUACAAAUAUAAUCCAUGAAAACAUUUAUAUAUAUAUCGUACUUUUAUUGAUGUUCUUAUUUAGGGCGGUGUUUUGUAGGGCCAUUGUAGGUAAAAAUAAAAUAAAAAAAUAAAUACAUUUUAUACAGAGGAAAUUAAAAUCCCUGCAAAUUCAUUACUGUAAUCUCAGGAUAUGUGUUUUCUUGAGUUUCUUCUCAUAACGGUGCCAUCUUAAUCUCAAAGAAUAUCAGUUAUUUUAUAUAUCAAUCCAUGGGUAUGUGUGUAUGUAUCUGUAAUUUACUGGCUCUAUGAUUUCUUUUUCUUUCUUCCCUCUAAUACGCUGCUGUGUGUUCUUGAUUCGACACAUGGAGAUGUAAUAGGCUUACGUCUUUGACAUGAUAUUUAUAAUGUAGUCAUAUACACUGGAUACGAGUAUGGGCACCUCAUUUUAUCUACUACCCAAAUUAGCCAUAGUAUUGUAGUAUACUGAUUUAUUUUGCCCACGAAAUGAACAAAACAUGCAACAGCUGGAACUCAAGUUGCCUUCCAGACACAAUAACCUGCUGCUGCCACAAGAGGGUGUACAUUGAAAAUGAAUUCAUAUAUCUAUAUAUAUAUAUAUAUAAACUGUAUAUACAUAAAUAUAUAUACUAGUCCUGAGAGGUCCAGUUAUAUGAAGUCCCCAGGGGAGAAAUACCUAAAGGGGUUAGUUCCUAUCUGCACCCUACAGCCAGUUCUGUCCACGACCAGCUACUGCACCAGGACACUGUAGAAUGCUGAUUACGUUGUAAAAUGUCGUCUUUCAAAGACGUUUUGAAGGUUUAGAGGUGACGGGAACCAGGGGAGAGAAGAGGCAGGAAUGACAUGCAGGAAAGGUUGGACUUGAUCCCAUGAUGAUGUGAUCGGAGGAGAGGCGUAAACCGUUAAUGUUCAAAAUGUCUCGGGAUAAAUUGUUACAUGACUUGGGUGUAAUAAAAUGUAGAUGUUAAAAA